GAUAUUGUUUUAUCUGUAACUUUUUAAUAAGUGUUCGCGUUUAAAAUCAAAAUUAGUUUUGUAUUAGAUCACGUGGCAAUAGGAUCACGUGGCGCUUCUGCAUACUCCGUUAGAGGGAACCACGGAUAAUCUUGAGCAAACACAACGGCCAACAAUCUUUCCUUGUAAAUACAUACGCUAUUGUCAUCGGACUAAGGUCGAUUGACCAAAACGAUGCCACGGCUUCCCAGAUCAUAAUGUACUUUGUGGAUUUGAAGGUUAUAUCGAAAGUACACAAGUGUUUAUAUGUCAUAUUAAACUGACCUAGUUUAUACAUGAAUUUUUGCUUGUGAUUUUCUUGAAUUAUGAUCUUGUGAACAUUUUCGAAAUCGGUACUCCUUGUAAGACAGUGACGAUAAUGUUUCGAAAGUGAGUUCAUGGCUGUUUUUAGAACAUAAAAGAUAGGGAACGAAUGCAUUCGAUUUCCUGAAAAUGCGAAUUUUUACAAAAUAUGAAUUUCAUUGUAUUUUCAACAAACAGAGCAAUUAGGUUAAGUUGACGAGAGGUGUACAAUUUUCUUCAACUGCUGUAAAAGUUACAUUUGCAUGUUUAGUGAAAAACAGAACAGUAAGUCAAAAUGAAAUAUGAUCAUCCAAGUUUUUGGAUGCUUGCAUUAAGUAAAGAUUGUAUGGCCCUAAUGAAUCAUGCGGUGCAAAUUGGGCAUUAUGUACUUGUAUAUAUGAACGACGCGUAAAGUAGUCUGUUUACUUCUGCAAGAUGCCACACAUUACACGAAAAUGGGAACUUUUCCCUGGUAGGAAUCGAUUUUGUUGCGAUGGUAGAGUAAUGAUGGCACCUCAAACUGGAGUCUUUUAUGUGACUGUGUGUCUCAUUGCCGGAACAAGUGGAUUAUUUUUUGCUUUUGACUGUCCAUUCUUAGCAAUUCAUAUAACACCUGCUAUACCAGUUAUUGGUGGUUUAUUGUUUAUUUUUGUAAUGUCUGCAUUGUUCAGAACAAGUUUUAGUGAUCCUGGGGUUAUUCCAAGGGCAACACCUGAUGAAGCUGCCUAUAUUGAAAAACAAAUUGAGGUACCAAAUAAUGGUAAUUCUAAAAUGUACAGACCUCCACCUAGGACAAAAGAGGUAUUAGUAAAAGGACAGCCUGUAAAAUUAAAAUAUUGUUUCACUUGCAAAAUAUUUAGACCGCCAAGGGCUUCACAUUGUAGUUUAUGUGACAAUUGUGUAGAGAGGUUUGACCACCAUUGCCCUUGGGUUGGAAAUUGUGUUGGUAGAAGAAAUUACAGAUAUUUUUAUGCUUUUAUUGUGUCCUUGGCAUUUCUUUGUGUUUUUAUAUUUGCAUGUGCCGUUACACAUUUGAUAAUGCUUACAAGAGAUGAUAGACCAUUUCUAGAAGCAGUAAGAUUAACUCCUGGAAGUGUUAUUGUAGGAGUUAUAUGUUUUUUCUCUAUUUGGAGUAUUCUUGGCCUUGCUGGUUUUCAUACAUAUUUAACUACUAGUAAUCAGACAACUAACGAAGAUAUUAAAGGAUCAUUUUCCAUUAAAAGAGGGCAAGAAAGUUUUAAUCCUUAUAGUCAAGGAAAUAUUUGUGGAAAUUGUUUCUAUGUAUUGUGUGGACCAGCACCGCCUAGUUUAAUUGAUCGAAGAGGUAUAGUAACACCCGAAUACCGUGCAGAGCAAGAAAAAGUUAGCGAUGAUAGUGUGAUUACUAAUAAUAAAACAUAUGGUACAGUGAAAAUUGUGCAACCACAGUCUAAUGGAGCAACUGUUCAGGCAAAUCCUAGCCCAGAUCUUACGGGUUCUAUGAACAAUCUCGUUUCUGGUCAACAUUCGCCACAAAUUGAAUCGAUGAACGGUGCAUAUGUUAACUUACGAAAUGCUGGAACUUACGAGAGAGAGGAACAAACAAAGGUUGAAGAUAUAGAAGUACAACAAAUAUCUUUAAAUAAUUGUAUCGUUGACGAAAGUGAAAAUACAGUGAUUGAAAAUAUGAUAAUUCAAGAAGCAAGCACUGAUAGGAGAAAACUACGCAAUGGAAAAUAUGUCAAUGUAGAAAUAUCUAGCUUAAAUAAAAUUAAUGGUGAUACUACCAAACAUCGUUCACCACAACAGAAGAUUCAAUCAAGAAAAUCCAGCAAAAGAAGAAGUAACGAAACCGAAGUUCUGGAAACAAAGGUUCCUAUGUUAGUAGAAGAUAAUACAGUAAUGCCUGAUAUAUCAGAUACUAAAUUAAAGGAUGAACAAGAAGAUUCAAGUGAUGAAUCUGAAACUAAUACACUUAAAAAGACCAAAACAGACAAUAAUAAUAUACCUAUAAAAGAACCUAUAAUGCUGCAACAAAAACCUAUUAAUGUCCAACAGAAAUGUGAAUAUUGUUGUCAAAAAUUAACAAGCACAGAUAUCAAAAUAUAUCCUGGUCAUCCUAAUGGAGCUGUAGAGGAAAUGAUUGCAUUGACAGAUCCUAAAUUAUCUUUAUUUACAGGAGAAGAAACUAUGUUUUAUGAAGGUGAUGAAAGGCCACAAAAUAAAAUAACUCAUUUUUGUGUAUAUGAUAAAAAUGGACACUUAUGUCCUUUUGAUACUGGUUUAAUUGAAAAGAAUGUUAUACUUUACUUUUCUGGUUACAUGAAACCUAUCUAUGAAGAAAAUUCAUCUCCAGAAGGUGGUAUGCCUACAAAAGAUAUAGGCCCAAUAAAUGAAUGGUGGGUGUCAGGAUUUGAUGGUGGCGAAUUAGCAUUGAUAGGAUUUAACACACCAUUUGCAGAAUAUAUAUUAAUGGAACCAGCUGAAGCAUAUGCACCAUUUAUGGAUUCUGUGAAAGAAAAAAUCUAUAUGAGCAAGAUAGUAAUAGAAUUUUUACUGGACGAAAUUAAUCCUACUUAUGAAGAUUUAUUACAUAGAUUGCAAACCAUUGUUCCACCAAAAGGAUUAUCUAGGUUCACAGAAGAUUCUUUGUUGCGUUAUGCACAAUUUAUUUGUGAUCAAGUUAUUUCCUUUGAUGCAUCAGCAAGACCAGAAGAUCCUCUAUUAAUUACAAGUCCAUGUAUGCGAGCAUUGAUAACACUUGCAGGUGUAACAUUAAAGAAAAGAAUUGCAUUACGCAGACCCCACUCAAAAGAUCAAAAGAAUAAAAAAGUUACUUGGACCAAAGCCACUACUACAAAAUUAGUCAAUAAUAUGUUUGAAACAUUCUUUUCUGAUCAAAUAGCCACAAACGGUAAUAAAGAAAUAAUGGGACCAAAAAGACAAAGAUGUGGAAUAUGUGAAAUUUGUCAACAACCAGACUGUGGUAUCUGUGCAGCUUGUAAAGACAUGAUUAAAUUUGGUGGAUCUGGAAGAAGCAAGCAAGCUUGCAAUAGAAGAAGAUGUCCAAAUAUGGCUAUACAAGAAGCAGAUGAUUCAGAUGCAGAAGAUGAUGAUCUUAAUGAUAUGCCAAUGGAAAAUACGAAGAUCACUCAAAAAAUGAUUUUAAAAGAAUUUAAACAUGUAGAGAAAGAAAUUACAUGGAUAGGAGAACCAGUUAUAGAUGAUGGUAGAAGAACAUUUUAUAACUCAGUCAUGGUAACUGACGAAGAAAUAAAAGCAAAUGAUUAUGUAUUAAUUGAAUCAAAUGAUCCUACUGUUCCAUUGCAAGUAGCUAAAGUUAUGUAUAUGUGGGAGGACAAAAGCGGUGCUAAAUUGUGUCAUGCAAAUUGGUUUAGAAGAGGCAGUGAUACUGUACUUGGUGAAACAUCAGAUCCUUUGGAACUGUUUUUACUUGAUGAAUGUGACAAUGUACCAUUCACUUCAAUAAAAUCUAAAGCUACUGUUCUUUAUAAAGCCAGUCCCAACAAUUGGAGUGAAUUAGGAAAUACGGAUAUACCAUUAGAAGAUGAAAUACAAAAUAAAGAUGGAAAAACAUUUUUCUAUCAAAAAAAGUAUACCCCAGAAACAGCUCGUUUUGAAGAUCCUUCUCCAGAUCCUAUUUGCCCACGAAAAGAAAUCAGUCAUCGAUUUUGUCCUGCUUGUGUGCGGUUUACUGCAUUACAAUGUUACUACACACCAAAGGUUUUUGAUCGGGGAGAAGAAAAAAGUAAUAAAGAAGUAAUAUAUAACACGGUAAAAUAUAAAGGCGAAGAUUUUACAGUUGGGACAGCUGUAUUUUUAAUGCCAGGAGCUAUAAAGUAUAAAUAUACAUCUAUAAAUCACAUUUCUACGAAACCAAAGAAAGGAAAGGUAGAUGAAGAUAUGUAUCCUGAAUAUUAUCGAAAAUCAUCAGAUCACGUGAAAGGAUCAAAUUACGAUACGCCUGAACCAUUUCAUAUUGGUUAUAUAAAUGCAAUAUAUGCAACAACUAAUAGUCAGUUAGUUGCAUCCUCCGAAAUAUGGAUUAAAAUAAAUAAGAUGUAUCGACCAGAAAAUACACAUAAAGGACUUACACUGAUGCAACAGGUUGAUCUUAAUAUGGUGUAUUGGAGCGAUGAAGUUUGCGACGUCAGAUUUUCAGAUGUGGCAGGAAAAUGUUAUUUGAUGUAUUUAGAAAAUCUAGAUCAAUCUCCAGAAGAAUGGACUGCUGCUGGCCCCAAUCGUUUUUACUUUUCACAAGCUUAUAAUGCUUCAGAAAAAACUUUUGUUGAUCCGCCAAAUCAUGCUAUGAGUAUUGGAAAAUCUGGAAAAGGGAAAGGAAAAGGAAAAGGGAAAGGAAAAGCAAAGUACAAAAAUAAACAGUUAGAUAAUGAUAAUAAGAAAAUAAUUAAUAAACCUGUAGAUUAUUGCACUGUACCAAAAAAAUUGAAAACGCUAGAUGUUUUCGCUGGUUGUGGUGGAUUAUCCGAAGGAUUGAGACAAGCUGGUAUUAUAGACAAUCAAUGGGCGAUUGAAAAAGAUGAACCAGCUGCAUGUGCGUAUCGACUUAAUAAUCCUAAUACAACAGUGUUCUGUGAAGACUGCAAUGUACUUUUGCGAAAAGUUAUGAAUGGCGAACUUCGCGAUAACAAUGGACAGCGUUUGCCUCAAAAAGGGGAAGUAGAAUUAUUAUGUGGUGGACCACCUUGCCAAGGUUUUAGUGGCAUGAAUCGUUUUAAUUCACGGCAAUACUCAUUAUUUAAGAACUCUUUAGUAGUAUCAUGUUUGUCCUAUUGCGAUUAUUAUAGGCCAAAAUUUUUUAUUAUGGAAAAUGUCAGAAAUUUUGUAUCUUUUAAAAAAAGUAUGGUACUCAAGUUAACAUUAAGGUGCCUUGUACGAAUGGGUUACCAAUGCACAUUUGGUAUUCUACAAGCUGGAAAUUAUGGUAUACCGCAAACAAGGAGAAGAUUGAUAAUAUUAGCUGCUGCUCCUGGAGAAGUUCUUCCAAAAUAUCCAGAACCGACUCAUGUGUUUAGUAAACGAGCAUGCCAAUUAAGUGUUAUUGUAGAUAACAAAAAAUAUUCAUCGAACUGUGAUUGGACAGAGUCAGCGCCGUAUAGAACAAUCAGUGUUCGUGAUGCGAUGUCUGAUUUACCUAAUAUCCGAAAUGGAUGGAAUAAGGAAGAAAUUGCUUAUGGCGAUGAACCAAUAUCUCACUUUCAAAGAAAAAUAAGACCUAAAGAACCUGAUGCUAUAUUAAGAGAUCAUAUUUGUAAAGAUAUGGCACCUCUCGUUGAAGCACGAAUAGCACAUAUUCCAACUGCAAGCGGAUCUGAUUGGCGAGAUUUACCAAAUAUUGCAGUACGUUUAAGUGAUGGAACAUAUUCAAAAAAAUUAGAAUACACGCAUAAUGAUAAAAAAUCAGGUAAAAGUUCUACAGGAGCACUUCGUGGAGUAUGUAAUUGUUCUGCUGGCAAAAUAUGUGAUCCGAUGGAUCGACAAUAUAAUACUUUAAUUCCUUGGUGCUUACCUCACACUGGAAAACGUCACAAUCAGUGGGCAGGUUUAUAUGGUAGAUUAGAAUGGGAUGGAUUUUUUGGUACUACUAUCACUAAUCCAGAACCUAUGGGUAAACAGGGCCGCGUUUUGCAUCCUGAACAAACAAGAGUUGUGAGCGUAAGAGAAUGUGCCAGAUCACAAGGUUUUCCAGACUCUUUCCGAUUUUAUGGAAAUAUACUCGAUAAACAUCGUCAAAUCGGAAACGCAGUCCCACCACCAUUAGGUGCUGCUUUGGGUCUUGAGAUUAGGCAAUGCUUAAGGACUGAAAAUAUUGAUCAAUCAGAAAACAAUUAAAUGAUUUUAGCAAUUGAUAACAUUUUAAACAUCGUGAUAAUUAAAUAUUACACUCAAGUUUAAUACUACUACAAUAAGUUAUAGAUUAUUUUUUUAUCUACAUGUAUUUAUCAUAAUGUGUUCAAUGAGAAUAUGUAGAUGCUUUUAUUUUGUACAUGGUUAAAAGUAUUAUGUAAUACUUACGCAGUAUGCAGUAUGCAAUACUAAAAUUAUAAAAUGAAAUUAAGAAGUCAUAAGCAGUAUUUUAAAUUAAACGAUUAAAAUCUAAAUAAGCC